CAGCCAUCGUGCACACGAACCACACACCGGCGCAAGACAGGGAAAAGAGGGAAGGUCGGGAGCAUCCACGUAGUGGUGCGCAAUGUACCAAGCAAUCCCCUACAGCAGCACCCGGCCCUGGGCCCGCCCGUCGCCGGCGGCGGAGCCGGCCGUGGCCGUCAAGGCGGAGACCGCGGAGGCGGCGGCGUCCCGGGAGGACGCGGCGGGGGUUGAGAGGGCGGUGUCGGAGAGCCCGGUCGUGGUGGUGGGGAGGCGGGCCUGCUGCCUCACCCACGUGGUGAAGCGGCUGCUGCAGGGGCUCGGGGUCAACCCCGCCGUGCACGAGGUCGCCGACGAGGCCGCGCUCGCCGGGGUCGUGCCGGACGGUGGGGAGGCAGCGGCGCUCCCGGCGGUCUUCGUCGGCGGGAAGCUCCUCGGAGGCCUCGAUCGCCUCAUGGCCGUCCACAUCUCCGGCGAGCUCGUGCCCAUCCUCAAGAAGGCCGGCGCCCUCUGGCUCUGAUCGGACCCUUCCUUCCUUUCCUUAGUUUCCUUUCGUCAGAAGACGGUGCCGCGGUUUAAUCCUGGCCGUCGGAUCGAAGUUUACACCGCGGCCGAUUUACUCUAGGAUUUUGGGUUUCUUUAAUGGUGUGCUAAUUUUUUUCUCAAAAAAUAUAUUUAUAUGAGAAAAAAAGAAACAGACAGCUAGCGUUACUGAUUUUGGUAAGUAAUUUAUUUCGUCUGGUCAUGGGCAUGUGAAUGAGUACGGAAGAAGAGCGUUUGUCGUUUCUAUUUCCGAGUUAAUGAGAAUCAGAUGCUUCUUACGGAAA